UAUCUCCAUGUUAUCCAAACCCCAAGCUCUACUCCGAUUCUACAGGCCUUUUUCCUCAAAUCACAAAUGGAAUUCAAAUCAACACCCGAAUUUAGUGAUCACUCACCCAACUCUCCUCCUCAUCGAGUCCUGCAAUUCCAUGUCCCAGCUCAAGCAAAUCCAGGCCAACAUGACAAGGACCGGCCUCAUCUUUCACACCUUCCCCGUCAGCAGACUCCUAUCCUUUUGCGCUUUGGAUGAUAGCGGAGAAAUACAUUAUGCGCGGCUGCUCUUUUCGCAAAUUUCAGAACCCAAUGUGUAUAUUUGGAAUACCAUGAUUAGGGGUUACGUUAAGGCUGAGCUUCAAGAAAUGGGGUUGUGUGUUUUCGGUAGAAUGGUUAGGGAGAAUAUAGAAAUGGAUGAACGAAGCUAUGUUUUUGGGCUGAAAGGGUGUGGGGUUUUAGGAGGGUUUUGGGUGGGCGAAUCCGUGCAUUGUAGGAUUAGGAAAGUCCGGUUUGACGAAGAUUUGAUCGUGAGAAAUGGGUUGGUUCAUUUUUAUGGACAGAAUGGGAGGAUGAAGGACGCGAAGAAGGUGUUCGACGAAAGUCCUGUGAGGGAUGUAGUUUCCUGGACUUCGUUGAUUGAUGGGUACUUGAGAAAGAAUAUGGCUGAUGAGGCAUUGGCGUUUUUUCAUAUGAUGUCCUCCAGUGGGGUUGAGCCGAAUGAGGUUACAAUGAUAGCAGUGUUCUCUGCUUGUGCACACAAGGGGGACUUGAUGUUGGGGAAGUUCUUUCAUGAAUCUAUGAAGAAGAGAGGCGCAGAAUGUGGGUUGAAUUUGCUGAAUGCUAUAUUGGACAUGUAUAUAAAGUGUGGCAGUUUGCCUUUGGCCAAAGAGCUCUUUGAGAAAAUGGAAGUAAAGGAUGCUUUUUCAUGGACAACCAUGAUCAAUGGGUAUGCCAAAAAUGGGGAAGUGGACCUAGCAAGGAAGUGUUUCAGUGACAUGCCACACAGAAAUGUGGUUUCUUGGAAUGCAAUGAUUGCAUGCUACUCACAGAACAAUAGACCAAAGGAGGCCUUGGAACUUUUUCAUGAAAUGGAAAGAAGAGGUCUGGCUCUCAUGGAGACCACUUUGGUGUGUGUGCUUUCUGCGUGUGCUCAAUCAGGUUCCUUGGAUAUAGGCAGACGGGUUCAUGAUUACUAUGUUAAGCAAAGGCGGAUAAAAUGCAGUGUAAUUCUAGUGAACGCAUUAAUCGACAUGUAUGCAAAAUGUGGAAGCAUUGAUGCUGCUGAGGAGCUCUUCGCUGAAAUGCCCGAAAGAGAUUUGGUGUCCUGGAACUCAUUAAUCGUGGGGUGUGCUUCUCAUGGGCUUGCUGGGAGGGCACUUACCCUUUUUGAACAAAUGAGAACUUUGGGAUUUAUUCCCGAUGAGAUCACAUUUGUGGGUGUACUAUCAGCUUGUGCUCAUGCUGGAUUGGUGAAUGAAGGCUGGAAGUAUUUGAGGGCGAUGGAAAUAUUUGGAUUAGUGCCAGCAAUGGUGCAUUAUGCAUGCAUGAUUGAUUUGCUGAGUCGAGUUGGGCAACUUAGAGAUGCUUAUGAGCUGAUAUUAGCAAUGCCCAUGGAACCGGAUACAGCUGUUUGGGGUGCCCUGCUUAAUGGUUGCAGAAUGCAUGGAAAUGUUGAGCUAGGUAAACUUGCUGGUGAGAAACUUAUAGCAUUGGACCCUGAAGAUAGUGGUAUUUAUGUGCUUCUUGCAAGUUUAUGUGCUAAUAAGCGAAAAUGGGGUGAUGUUAGUAAGUUGAGAAGCAUGAUGAGAAUUAAAGGUAUCAAGAAGAAUCCAGGGCGUAGCUUGAUAGAUGUGGAGGGAAAGUUACACGAAUUUGUGGCUGCAGAUGAAUCACACCCUCGAUCCCAAGCUAUAUAUAAAGUGCUUAAUGAGAUAGUCUUGCUGUCGAAAUUGGAAGAAUAUCAAUUAACUUCUGCAAACCCUGCAAAUUUAUUUUCUUAAAGAGAAUCUAUUUAUACAUACUGCAAUCUACAACUAGUUGUAGUCUCUUUUUAGAGUAGAGGGAGCUGAGUUAUUUUCUUCUGUGCUGUGGUUAGUGACCUGUAAUUGACUUAUUGAACCUGCAAACUUGGAGAUUGAAUCUGCAAGUUUCACAAAGUCAUGUACUAGAUGCUGAGAGCUGACUGCAUAUGUUAAAGAGUGGGUUUAGGAGAAUUUACAGACAUUAACUUGGAAAUAGUUGACCCGUACAGCUAACUCAAGUGGUAGAUCACCUAACAUGAAUUCAGCACUCCAGCAGCGACAGGGUGGGGGUUCGACUCCUACAACAUCUUGGAGUUAGGGCUUCCUAGAUUGGAGAUUGGGCUCCCCGAGUUGGCAAAAGUGUGGAGAUGAAUUCUUAGUGCGCAAAUGGACCCUUGUGCACAAAGUCCACGACACAAAGUGAUUGGACGGGUGGGAGUUCGACUCCCACAACAUCUUGAAGCUAGAGCUAGGGAGCUUGGAGAUUAGAGAUUGGGCACCCCAAGUUGGCAUCAGUAUGGAGAUGGACCCCUUGUGUGCAGAGUCGUCAACGACACAGAGUGCCUAGGUGGCUAUUCAGUCUAGCGUAAGUUGGAAACCUAAUGGAUAAAAAGAAACUUGGAAAUAGUUUUCUGUUAUAUCAUCAUGACAAUAAUGUUUUCCCUUUUUACUGUAAUGAAAGAGAAGUACAGAAGUUUGCAGUCUUA